AUGAGGGGCUCCAAACCCAGCCCAGGGUACUCUGAGGAGGAAAGACACACCCUGGGCCAGGAAGGUGGAGAGAGCUUUAGCCAGAGCUCAGAGCUGGAGGUCUGUGAGAAGCUUCAUGAUGGGGAGCAGCCCUACAAGUGCUUGGAGUGUGGGGAAUGUGGGAAGGGCUUCAGCUACAGAUCCACCCUUGUGACCCACCAACGCAUCCACACUGGGGAGAGGCCCUAUGAGUGUCCUGAGUGCCAGAAGAGGUUUCGGAUCAGCUCAGAUCUCCUCAGACACCAGCGGAUUCACACCGAUGAGAGGCCCUUCUGCUGCCCAGAUUGUGGGAAGGGCUUCAAGCGCAAUUCCCACCUCAUCACCCACCAGCGCAUCCACACUGGGGAGAGGCCCUACGAGUGCUGCAUGUGUCAGAAGAGGUUUCAGACCAGCUCAAAUCUCCACCUGCAUGAGCGGAUUCACAAUGAGGAGAGGUCCUUCCGCUGCCCCGACUGUGGGAAGGGCUUCAAGCACAACUUCACCCUCGUCAGGCACCAGCGCAUCCACACUGGGGAGAGGCCGUAUGAGUGUGCCACGUGUGGGAAGGGAUUCACCCAGAGCACUGGGCUGGUGGUCCAUAAGCAGCUUCAUGAUGGGGAGAAGCCCUACAAGUGCUUGGAGUGUGGGAAGAGCUUCAGACGGAGCAGCACCCUGAUCUGCCAUCAGAUGAUCCACACUGGGGAAUGGCCCUACGAGUGUGGGGAGUGUGGGAAGGGCUUCAGCUACAGAUCCACCCUUGUGACCCACCAACGCAUCCACACCGCGGAGAGGCCCUAUGAGUGUCCUGAGUGUCAGAAGAGAUUUCGGACCCGCUCCAAUCUCCUCAGGCACCAAAGGAUUCACACUGAUGAGAAGCCCUUCCUCUGCCCUGACUGCGGGAAGGGCUUCAAGCAAAACUCCCACCUCAUCACCCACCGGUGCAUCCACACUGGGGAGAGGCCCUACAAGUGCCGCACCUGUCAGAAGAGGUUUCAGACCAGCUCAAAUCUCCGCCUGCAUGAGCGCAUUCAUACAGAGGAGAGGCACUUCUGCUGCCCUGAUUGUGGGAAGGGCUUCAAGAACAACUUCACCCUCGUCAGGCACCAGCACAUCCACACUGGGGAGAGGCCCAACGAGUGUCCCCACUGUGGGAAGAGCUUCACCCAGAGCUCUCACUUGACCAGACACCAAUGGAGUCACUGGUAA